AUGUUCUCUUGGCGUUGCUUCUGUGUAGUGUUCAGUGAGCAGUGGAAAUGCGAGCUGCAGCGAGCUCACGGGCUGACUCAUGCGCUUCGUGACGGCCACGCCUACAAGUCCAUAAAGGACGCCCUGGUCAUAUCACCCCUACUGCCUUCCUUUCCCCGUGUUCCUUCUGAUGCGAUGCUCCAGCCAGUCCUAUCGGAGCCGCCCAUAUACCAGAAUCUGCACGCUGGCUUCUCAACAUUACCUCAACAAUCAGAUAAUCGCCGCGGGUUCUUCUGGCUACAGCAGCAACCUAUGGAACCUUCAUCUGCGAACAGUCACCUUUUGACUGUUAAUAUUGGUAAAGGGCAUUCCCACAUGGAUUGUUCCUAUGUGGACUUACCACCACUCCCACCAACGAAACCACGUCGUACACGCUUCACUGAGCGACUAAUGGAAGCACAUCCACGCGAAGCGCACAGAAAUUCACCUGUACCUUCUGUCUCCAAGAAGUUGGACAGCCGCAGCCAAAGUCAAAGUUCUGCCCAGUGCGAGAAAUCGCAUCGUCAUCGUCCCGGAGUGCUACGCUCAGUUAUAAUCUUAUUUACUUGCUGUGUGACAUCCGAUUCCGCCAAGACACCAAAGCGCAACGGCGAUUCACGACGUAAUAAGACAUGA